AUGUCUUCCCUCUUCUUCCCCCUCCCUCCUGCUCCAGUGCAGGAAUCUGCGACCUUAUCAGUAGCGAAUAUUUUCGCCGAUAUCACCACUUCCACAUCUUUUCAUCUAUUCUUUGCAAUGCUAUCCACAGAAGCUUCCUUCGGACGCAGGUUUGCCCAAUGCUUCUGUGCGAUCUUCUGGUGUCUUCUAGCCGGGGGCCCGAUUUUCGGGUUUGCUGCCUUGAAACCAGUUUUGAUUGAAGGUGGAGUUUACGAGAGUGAAUGUGACGUUUCGGUCAAUCCUCCAUGGAUGUCGUUUCUAGGUGUGCUGAAGGAGGUCCAAAGCUCCAAAUCCGGUAUUGUAGCAAAGUGCACAGCUCAAGAUCUUCGAUUAAAUUUGAUGUUCACGGUGGGUGCGGUUUUAACCAACGUUUCGGCUUUUGUCAUUGGUCGUGUUCUCGACGUUUACGGUCCUCGCGUUUGCGGAUUGGUUGGUGCAGGUUUUCUCUACUUGGCAUGCUUUGUGUUUAUCUUUUCCGAUGCCCUUGAAGACGUUCCUUUCUUCGACCCGUACUUGAUUGGCUACGGAGCGAUGGCACUCGGUGGACCUUUUUCGUUUAUUUCGUCAUUCCAAUUGUCCAAUGCGUUUCCCAAAAGAAGUGGCACAGUUUUGGCGCUACUUACGGGCGCUUUCGACGCUUCCUCGGCGGUUUUCUUGAUCUAUAAGCUCGCUUACGAUGCCACCAACGGCGGUUUUACCAUCGAAAAAUUCUUUUGCAUGUACUUGAUGGUGCCGGUAUUCAUGACCCUAGCUCAAAUUUUCGUCAUGCCCGGCGAAUCGUACAAGACAACUUCAGAAACGGGUGCCGAUGAUUUUGGUGCUUCCGAACCAGAGCACUCGGAAAUAACUCCAUUGGUGGAACCAAACCACCCCCACAGAAGAGAUUCUAUCGGAGACGCCUUGAAACAGCCAUACGCCAAUGAAGGUGAGGAGGUUUUGGUGCAGACGUCAGGAGGAGUGUUUGGAAUUUUGCAUGGCUACUCUGCCGAGUUCCAGAUGAAAACGCCUUGGUUUUACCUCAUGUGCUGUUUUGCUACCAUCCAGAUGUUACGGUUGAACUACUUUGUUGCCACAAUCAACACUCAGUACACAUACUUAUUCCAUUCAAUUAGCCGUGCCGAGCUGCUCAACAGGUUUUUCGAUGUUGCCUUGCCGCUCGGCGGAGUGCUUUCGAUCCCGUUUGUGGGGAUGUUUCUCGACCACAUGUCCACUGUGGUGGUUUUGGCGUCGCUUUUGACGGUGUCUCUUGCUAUUGGCGUAUUGGGACUCUUUGGCUCAUACAUUACUGGAGUGCUCAAUGUCUGUCUUUUUGUCGUUUACAGGCCAUUUUUCUACACUGCCGUGUCAGAUUUCUGCGCCAAGGUCUUUGGGUUCGAUACCUUCGGUACUGUCUACGGAGCUAUCAUAUGUACUUCAGGAGUGUUCAAUUAUCUCCAAUCGUUUUUGGAUAAAGUAACCCACGAGAAUUUCGACAUGAAUCCCACUCCGGUAAAUGUCAUCACUAUCCUUCUUACGUUUGUCAUUGGCGUUGCUACCGUCGGCUACGUCAACCAGCAGGCCAAGGACUAUGCCAAGAAAAAACUAAAUGCUAGUACUUAG